AUGGCUGCAUCAGGAACUCUAACUCUCUCUCAAUUCUCACUUCACAAACCUCUUUCAUUCCCCAUAACCAAACCACCAACAUCCAGAAUCUGCAUUAGAGCCAUGUCAGGAGAAAACUCUUCACCUUCCGUCACCACACAACAACAACCACCCUCAUCACUCUCAAUAUCUCCUCCUCCCAAUUUCAAACCUCCACAACCUAAACGCUUUAUAAUUAGACCUGACAAGAGGCUUGAAAUCCUCGGAGCUUCGCUUUCCUUGUUCUUUCGCCUUGCCACCGGAGUUUUUGCCUCUGGGUAUUCUUUCUCGUUUGUUUCACAGGAUCAAGUUCCAUCGGAUGAAUACGCUUUCAGACUUUCCGGCAUUACAGUAAAAGAAACAUCAAAGUUAGGUGCUCGACCAGAGAAGCCCAUUGAAAUAUAUGAAUUCGAAAGCUGCCCAUUUUGUCGGAAGGUUAGAGAAAUAGUUGCUGUUUUGGACCUUGAUGUUCUUUUCUAUCCUUGCCCGAGAAACAGCCCAAAUUUCCGUCCGAAGGUUGUUCAGAUGGGUGGUAAACAGCAGUUCCCUUACAUGGUUGACCCAAACACUGGUGUUUCGAUGUAUGAAUCGGAUGAAAUAAUUCGGUAUUUGGUUGGCACAUAUGGUGAUGGAAACAUUCCUCUCACUUUAUCACUCGGAUUUUUAACGUCAUUGACUUGUGGUCUUGCUAUGCUUAGUCGCAUUACAAAGGGAACAACAUAUACUCCAGCAAAAUUACCACCAAAGCCACUUAAGUUAUGGGCGUAUGAGGGGUCUCCUUUCUGCAAAAUCGUACGGGAAGUUCUUGUCGAAUUGGAGCUGCCACAUUUGCUUAUCAACUGUGCUAGGGGUAGUCCGAAAAGAAACAUACUAUAUCAGAAAAAGGGACAUUUCCAGGUACCUUUUUUGGAAGAUCCAAACACUGGAAUAGAAAUGUUUGAGAGUGCGGAAAUUAUAGAGUACAUUAGAGCAACUUACACUCUUUAG